AUGCGCAAGGCUGACUAUGUGACCCCUUUCGUUUCAAUCGAUAGCUUCGUCAAGAACCUGAGUGGAAACACUCUCACUCUGAACGCAGAGCCCACCGACACUAUCUCCGCCAUCAAGUCCCAGGUUUUCGAGAGAGAGCUCGUUUCUGUCGAUGAACAGCGAUACGUCUUCGGUGGAAAGCACAUCCGCGAUGAAUUCCCAUUGAGCGAAUACGGCAUCCAGAAGGAGUCCACCCUUCACCUUGUCCUCGACCUUCCCGGUGGUAUCAUCGAGCCCUCCUUGAAGGCCCUCGCCUCCAAGUUCAACUGCGAGAAGAUGGUCUGCCGAAAGUGCUAUGCCCGUCUCCCUCCACGUGCCACCAACUGCCGAAAGAAGAAGUGCGGACACACAAACCAACUCCGACCAAAGAAGAAGCUGAAGUAA